CGAUCUUGGGUAUUUGUUCUGUGAAUACACUGCUUAUUAGCUUCGACAUUUGUAAAAUGACGGAAAGCAGUGUGAGCAGUCAGUUGGUAAUUAUCCUGGACACUAACCCAGUAUGGUGGGGACAAGCAGACUCCAGGGAUUCAGGCCAAAAUCAGUUGAGUCUGUCACAGUGCCUGGAGUGUCUGAUGGUAUUUGCCAACUCCCAUCUGAUGAUGAGCCAUAGAAACAAACUGGCAGUGAUAGCAGCUCAUACAGACAAAAGUAUAUUCCUGUAUCCAAAGAAAGACCAAGGUGAAAAAUCCUCCAUAAACACUGCAGAUGAAGCUUCCCAUAGUGAUGGGAAGUAUGAGCUGUUUGGAUUGGUAAACAACCAGAUCAAGAAUCAAGCCCGGGAGUUAGUCAUCAAUGGAGGAUCUAGUCAGUUGUACCCAGAUACAGUACUGGCUGGAGCUCUAGCCAUGGCAUUGUGUUACAUACACAGAUCUGAAAAGGAGGUCACUCCUGGAGAGCAACUGUCCUCAAGAAUUCUGAUUAUUAAAGGAUCUGAAGACAAUCCAGAACAGUAUAUGAAUCUAAUGAAUGCUGUCUUUACAGCUCAGAAACAGAACAUUGUAGUAGAUGCUUGUGUUCUGGAUAAUGACUCUGGACUUUUACAGCAGGCAUGUGAUAUUACUGGAGGAAUAUAUCUCAAGAUUCCACAGGUAGCUGGUCUACUUCAGUAUCUGUUGUGGGUGUUUCUGCCAGACCCUACCGAGCGUCACAAAGUCAACCUUCCACCAAAGGCACAGGUGGAUUACCGAGCUGCCUGCUUCUGUCAUCGUAACCUUAUUGAUAUUGGCUAUGUUUGUUCUGUAUGUCUCUCAAUCCAUUGUUCAUUCAGUCCAAUUUGUUCCACUUGUCACACAACAUUCAAGAUGUUUGGACCAACCAAAGGCUUAAAAAGGAAAAGUAAGAAACAACCUUCCUGAUUAAGGAUGAACUAGAGAGUUCCUUGUUAGUUGGUUGAUUAGAGGUGGAUUACAGUAGCCUUCUGAUUUGUGGUGGAUUAACCCUUCGGGUAAUUAGUGGAAAACUUAAGGCUUCAGUGUACAGUAAGAAACAAGCCAGGUGAUCGAUGGAGUAGAGCUCAGUGUACAGUAAGAAACAAGCCAGGUGAUCGAUGGAUUAGAGCUCAGUGAACAGUAAGAAACAAGCCAGGUGAUCGAUGGAUUAGAGCUCAGUGUACAGUAAGAAACAAGCCAGGUGAUCGAUGGAUUAGAGCUCAGUGUACAGUAAGAAACAAGCCAGGUGAUCGAUGGAGUAGAGCUCAGUGUACAGUAAGAAACAAGCCAGGUGAUCGAUGGAGUAGAGCUCAGUGUACAGUAAGAAACAAGCCAGGUGAUCGAUGGAUUAGAGCUCAGUGUACAGUAAGAAACAAGCCAGGUGAUCGAUGGAUUAGAGCUCAGUGUACAGUAAGAAACAAGCCAGGUGAUCGAUGGAGUAGAGCUCAGUGUACAGUAAGAAACAAGCCAGGUGAUUGAUGGAGUAGAGCUCAGUGUACAGUAAGAAACAAGCCAGGUGAUCGAUGGAGUAGAGCUUAAGGUGUUCAAUUUGAAAACAGCUCUCCUCAACAGAGGUGGAUCACCGUCCCAAUCACAGUUGAAAAGCUCAAGGUUUCAACAUCAGUAUGAACCAGCCAUUCUGUUUAUUGUUGUCUAGAAAGGACACCGCCAGCAACACGUUCCUGGACAGGGGUGGAUUGUAUACACAAACAAGAGUCGUCACUUGUCCUAAGAGCAGAGCAUUUGUUGACAAUAAAUAGAUGAACUCAAGGAAAUAAAUCAAUCUCCACCAGAGAUGAGAAAUGCAAAGAACAUAUGUAGAUCUGUCAUUUAGACAGAACACCUGAUUUAAAUGGAUGCCAUAUGUAAAUUUAUUUCAUGGAUAUAUUAUGUUGUAAGUGCUUGAACAUGUUUUUCUAAUAAAAUGUAUUAUUUUCUA